UUCUCAUGCUCAGUCCACGAGAGUUUGUUACUGACUCUUUCAUGCAUAAAGUUUAUUUACUUGUGUGUAAAUGAACAUUUCUGUAGUUUUCAGAAGCUUUCAUGGUUGUUAUGUAGUAGCGAAAGGCUGUUUAUUUACUGAUAAGGCUUUACUAGCAUGGUGGGUCAAACUACUGUCGUGAACAGGACCAAAACCUUUCAAGGAGCUGUGUGUGUCCUGAACAGCCUGCAUAGUAGUGUUUCAGUGUUGGACAGGCUGGAUGGACGUAGGGAUAAUCCAGGCCAGCAGCUCCAGGCCAUGCACGGAUUCCUCCAUCGCACUGGCAUCACUGUGGGUGAACUGGACAAACUCAACAUCAUCCACGUCAGUGGGACUAAAGGAAAGGGAUCAACAUGUGCUUUUACUGAAAGAAUACUCAGGAAUUAUGGCUUUCGGACGGGAUUCUACAGCUCUCCACACUUGGUGCACGUCAGAGAGAGAAUACGCAUCAAUGGAUGGCCAAUCAGCAAGCAGCUUUUCACUAAGUACUUUUGGGAGGCAUAUGAGCGACUAGAGGACACAAAGGAAGACCAUGGAGGCACCAUGCCCUUCUAUUUCCAGUUCCUGACUCUUCUGGCUUUCCAUGUCUUCUUGCAGGAGAGGGUGGAUUUAGCAGUGAUUGAAGUUGGGAUUGGAGGGCAGUAUGACUGCACCAACAUCAUCAGGAAGCCGUGGGUGUGUGGCAUCACAUCUCUUGGCUUUGAUCACUGCAGUUUGCUUGGUGACACCAUAGAGAAGAUUGCUUGGCAGAAGGCUGGAAUAUUCAAGCCAGGUGUUCCAGCGUUCACCGUCGGACAAGCACCCAGCCCUCUGAGAGUCCUGCAGCACAGGGCUGAAGACAUCGGAUGUCCUCUGUGGGUCUCACCCGAGCUGGAUCAGUAUGAAGCUGUGGUCGGGCCUGUGAGUCUGGGACUGGAGGGGAAACACCAGCGCUCGAACGCAUCACUCGCCCUGCAGCUCAGUCACGGCUGGCUGCAACGCCACAAAGCUGAGCAGAGAAGAGGUAGCCUCGGUUUAGCGCCAGCAGUCGGUGGACUGAGCUCCCGAGCUGUUGCUUUCCAGCCCAGCACGGCCAUGCUGAAAGGUCUACAGGAAACGGAGUGGUUAGGCCGAAACCAGAAGCUCAAGUGUGGUUCUGUCACAUAUUACCUCGAUGGAGCUCACACCACAGAGAGCAUGCAGGCCUGUGUCUGCUGGUUCAGGCAGGAGAUGCUGCAGAGAGACCAGACCCAGGGCCCUGCACUGACAAUCCUGCUCUUUAACACAACAGGAGAGAGGGACUCUACAGCUUUACUCAGACUGCUGCAGCCCUGCCAGUUUGACUACGUACUGUUCUGCCCCAACAUUACUGUAACCCCUAUCAACAAUACAGCUCACCACAGUGUCAGUGUGUGUGUGCAGCACCUGAUGGCUCGCUGCACAGAAAACCACAGCAGUUGGCAGCGCCUAAACGCAACACAAUCAAUAUAUCCCCGCCUGGUGGCCAGAUCUGCGAGUCACAGCCUGUUGUUCCCCUGCAUCCUGAACGCCCUCCAGUGGAUCAGCGAGGUAGAACAGCCGGUACUGACCCCUGCUGGAUCAGGGGGCGUCACUCAGCUCCCUGUCGGGCUGAAAGAGGUGGGUCACGUCUGUGUGCUGGUGACUGGCAGUCUGCACCUGGUGGGAGGAGUGCUGAAACAUCUGGAACCUUCACUGGAUUCAUAGAAGGCUUUCCACCAGUCUCUGGAGCCUGGCUGCAGGGAUUUGCUCCCAUUCAGACAAAAGAGCAUCAGUGAGGUCAGACAGUGAUGUUGGGUGAUCAGGCCUGCUUUGCAGUUAAUGUUCUACUUAAUCCCAAAGCUGCUGCGUGGAGCUGAGGUCGGGGCUCUAUAAAGGCCAGUCGAGUUCUUCCACACAACUAAGAAAUGUAUUUCUUCAUGGAACAAUUUUUCUUCACUGUAUAGUUGACUCAAUAAAAUGCAGCCUGGACACUCGUCCGGUUACUAUUGGCCAUGGAUGUGCUUAUAAUGUCGCUUACUAACAGCAGUAUAUCAGACCAUUAAAUUACCGACUACCUUUAUAAUAUUUUUUGGUGGGUUUCAUUGGUCUCAGUAGUGAAUAUACAUUGAAUGCACUGUAUACUGUAUAUUUUAUUUUCUUUCUCAAGCUUUGCACAUGUAAUUCCAAACAUGAUUUAGGUUGAUUUAUGAAUGUAUGAGAAUUUGCAAAAAGAUUCUUCCUACUCAUUUGAGCUGCAGUGCAGGAUGUUGUACUGUCAGUCCACAAGUGUGUAUCCAACUCUGUUCUGUUUAGUUCUACAGAAAUGUACAUGGAUUAUGUUCAGGGGCAUGGUAUUUUCUGAAUGAAUGAAGUGCUACAGUUGGCCCAAGCACUGUCA